GAGGGGCGUAAACAACAGCGUCAGUGACGCUUCGAUGUAGCUGGCUUUCAAGAGAGCUUGCUAGCCACUCGCUUCCUCAAAGUUUAACGUUAAUUUCAAAGCAAGAGGGGGAAGAAUAAUCAAAUAGAGCUGUCUGGUUGAACCAAGUCUCUGGGGUGUAUCACCAUAGUGCCAUGGAGUUUCCAGAUCUAGGAGAGCAUUGCUCUGAAAACUCCUGCAAGCAGCUGGAUUUCCUACCAUUGAGAUGUGAUGCCUGUGAAGAGAUUUUUUGUAAAGACCACAUAACCUAUGCAAAUCACAAAUGCAUGUCAUCCUACAAGAAGGAUAUCCAGGUCCCUGUGUGUCCUCUGUGCAACACCCCGAUCCCCAUCAAGAGAGGGGAAAUGCCAGACAUCAAGGUUGGGGAGCACAUCGAUCGCGAUUGCCAGUCGGACCCUGCUCAGAACAAGAGAAAGAUAUUUACAAACAAAUGCUCGAAAGGAGGCUGCAAGCAGAAAGAAAUGAUCCGAGUGACAUGUGACCAGUGCCACAUUAAUUAUUGUCUUAAACACCGACAUCCACUAGACCAUGACUGUAAGCCUGAAGACAAACCAGUCUCCAAAUCUGGAUUCGCUGCUUUCAUGCGGUCCCAAGGAGCAUCCUCUAGCAGUGCCUCCAUUUCAGGCAGUAGAGGAAGUUCUAGGCCUGUUUCUAAUGGGAAUGCUAGGACCCAAAGUAGUCGCAGCGCUCAGGCCAUUUAUAGUCCAGCUCCGGCCAUGCGGCCCCUUCCAGCACAGAAUGUAGUACCUGCUUCGGCAUCCUUUCAGGCUGGCCUGACUGAGGAGCAGGCCUUACAAAGAGCGCUGGAGAUGUCCUUGGCUGAGUCGGCUCGCAGCACAGUCCAACAGCCAACGCUCAGACCUGUGACUGACUGUAUGUGUGUGUCUGUUAUCCACCCUUUCUGCCCUCAGGAGCAGGAGGAUCUGGCUCUGGCUCAGGCCCUAGCUGCUAGUGAAGAAGAGUACAGACGCCAGCAGCGGAGACAACAGGUAUCCAGAAAACUUUGGCGUCAGUAGCAUGCUAACAGGACAGGACCUCACCUAGGAGAGAGAGUCCUCCAAGCAGUCUUCCUGCAGCCUAUCAUAAACCCAGACCAGUGUCUGAGCCCAAACUGCUACCACCAGUAAUCAACUAGCAACUGUGCUACAUCGAUGGAACCCUCCAGCAGAACUCUAACGUCCAGUAUCACUGAUCCCAACUAAUGAACAGUCUGGAACUUUCAUUGAGAUAUAUUGAAUAGUAUCACUGCUUUCUCUCUACUCAACACACCAUUCUAGACAGACUUUCUGUCCUGUUUACCAAUGGCUCUCUUAUGUACAUAUUUUCUAUGUUGAACAUGGACAUUUAACCUCAGCAUCAAUGUUUCUUGAAUAAAUUAUUUUAAAGAUG